GCUGCCGAGCGACCGCGGGAAAAUUCCAAAAAGUCAAAACAAAACAAAAAGCCAAUACAAGGCAAAGCCAAAUUUCAAGCCACAGAACCCGGGCAGUGGCUUCCUUUCUGCCUUUGCCCAAACUGCUGAAGCAGCUCUAGCGUGGACCACCCGUGCUUUGCAGGCCACUGUAAAGGGAUCAUCACCUUUUCCCUUUUUCAAGGAUGGCUCAAGAUUCAGGAGAUCUUUGUUCUGAUUAUCAGUUUUGGAUGUGGAAGCUUUCUGUGUGGGACCAGGCCUCCACUUUGGAAACCCAGCAGGACACUUGUCUUCACUUGCCUCAGUUCCAGGAGUUCCUAAAGAAGAUGUAUGGAGCCUUGAAAGAGAUGGAUUCUAAUACAGUCAUUGAAAGAUUCCCCACCAUUGGUCAGCUGUUGGGAAAAUCUUGCUGGAAUCCUUUUAUUUUAGCAUAUGAUGAAAGCCAAAAAAUUCUCAUGUGUUGCUUAUGUUGUCUGAUUAACAAACAACCACAGAAUUCUGGAGAAUCAAAACUUAACUCCUGGAUACAGGGUUUACUAUCUCAUAUACUUUCAGCAUUCAGAUUUGAUGUAAAAGAAGAAGUUGGUCUUUUCGCUCAAGGUCUCGGGUACGCUCCUGUAGAUUACUAUCCUCGUUUGCUUAAAAAUAUGGUUUUAUCAUUAGUGUCUGAACUCAGAGAGAAUCAUCUUAAUGGAUUUAACACUCAAAGGCGAAUGGCUCCUGAACGAAUAACAUCCCUGUCAAGAGUUUGUGUUCCCCUCGUUACUCUGGCAGAUGUUGAACCACUGGUGGAGGCACUGCUCACCUACCAUGGACAUGAACCUAAGGAAAUCCUCUGGCCUGGGUUCUUUGAAGCUGUAAAUGAGGCAUUUUUGCAGAAGAAGAUUUCUCUUCGUACGUCAGCUAUAGUCUGCCUCUGGCUUCGGCACCUUCCUAGCCUUGAAAAAGCAACACUGCAUCUUUUUGAACAGCUAAUCUCCAGUGAGAGAAAUUGUCUGAGAAGGAUCGAAUGCUUUAUAAAAGAUUCAUCGCUGCCUCAAGCAUCCUGUCACCCUGCCAUAUUCCGAAUUGUUGAUGAAAUGUUCAGAUAUGCACUCCUGGAAACUGAUGGAGCCCCAGAAGUACUAGCUGCUAUUCAGGUGUUCACACAAUGCUUUGUAGAAGCUCUGGAAAAAGAAAACAAACAGCUGAAGUUUGCACUCAAGACCUAUUUUCCUUAUGCUUCUCCAUCUCUUGCUGUGGUGCUGCUGCAAUACACCAAAGAUCUCCCACCAGGACGCUGGCUCCAGGCACUGAAGCACGUUUCUGAACUACUCAGAGAAAUUGUUGAAGACCAGACUCCUGGGUCCUGUGAAGGUCCCUUUGAGAGCUGGUUUUUGUUCGUUCACUUUGGAGGAUGGGCUGAUAUGGCGGCUGAUCAGUUACUGAUGUCAGAAGCUGAACCCCCUGCGGCCCUGCUAUGGCUCUUGGCAUUCUACUACAGCCCAUGUGACGGGAGUCAGCAGAGAGCACAGACCAUGGCGGAGGUGAAGGCAGUGCUCAGCCACCUCCUGAAGCUGUCCAGAAGCACCAUGCUCUCAGCCACAGAUCUGCUGGCGGCAGUGGGAGAUGGCAGAGAUACAGACCCCGGGCCACCUGCACAGCAGCUCAGCAGGCGCCUCCUCCUCACCUUCCUGCUCCAAGCUCGCAGAGGCCAUGAGAUGGCCCGGGACACCAUCAACCUGAUAGCUCACACUGAAGAGGCAACCCACGAGAUUAUUGGCUUUCUUGACCAGACCUUGUACAGAUGGGAUCGUCUUGGCAUCGAGGCCCCUGGGUCAAGAGAACUGGCCAGACAGCUCCUUAAAGAGCUACACAAUCAAGUCCAGCAAAAGAACAUAGAGGACGUGGGUGCCGCGUGUGGGAUCAGCCUGCCACGGCCACAGGACAGUUGAUGAGCCCCUUUUCCAUGGCCACAAGCUUGUUCUGAGCUGCGAGGACAAACUGUACACGGCUCCAGGAGAUCUGGUAGUAGGUAUUGGACAGAAUUUGAAGACAGACGCUUUAUUAUCCCGAACUCAGUUGCAUUUAUUCCUUAAUGACUGUGUCUGCCUUCAGCAUUCCCUGUCCUGCCCGGGAGAGGGAAGGUCAGCCGGAGAAUUACUAAAGGAGAGGCUUGGGGAGAGAUUUUUAUUUCCUUUUUUAGCCAUAUCAAGGUGAGAUGCACAACUAUUACUUUAACAAUUCGAAGUCUUUGGACCAUGAAAUAGGUCGUGAACCACUGAACAAUUUAGAGAAGUAAUUUAGCCUUUUUUCACAAAUCUAGUUUUUAGGAGUUAGGAAAUUGUUAUUGGCAUUCCUUUUAGUCCAUAGGGAUUUGAGAUGAGGCCACACUGUUUUGCUUCCAUAAGAAAUUCUUAUUAUUCUUUUUUAGAGACAGAGGCUCACUUUGUCGCCCUCGGUUGAGUGCUUGCGUCACAGCUCACAGCAACCUCCAGCUCUUGGACUUAGGCGAUUCUCUUGCCUCAGCCUCCUGAGUAGCUGGGACUACAGGCGCCCGCCACAACGCCCGGCUAUUUUUGUUAUUGUUGCAGUUUGGCCGGGGCUGGGUUCAAAACCGCCACUCUUGGUAUAUGGGGCCGGCGCCCUACUCACUGAGCCACAGGCGCUGCCCCCAUAAGAAAUUCUUCAUCCAGAAGAGUCAGGACCCCCCAGCUUUCCCCUGUCCACUCCCACUGCCCAGCCAGGCAGAGAAGAAGCAGAGCCACCAAAGGGGAUGCAAAGGCCAAUCCUGCCAUAGAGGGCUGCUGUGUGGCAGCAGGGGGAGGGCAGCACGCUCUGCUCUGCGUCUGCUCCAUCCUGCCUCUCCCAGAGAGCCACCACUGCUGCCCUGAAAGGUGGCCGGAAGCGAGGGCGCAGCAUGGGUGGAGAAACACUAGAAGAGAUUGUCACACCAGUGUCCCAUGAAAACAAAACAAGAGCUGGUGGGGCGGCGCCUGUGGCUCAGUGAGCAGGGCAUGGGCCCCACAUACCGAGGGUGGCGGGUUCAAACCCGGCCCCGGCC